CGCGCGUGGUACCCGCGGUCGUGAGGAGGAGGACGAUGUUGCGCGUGAAGGGGAAAUGGCUGCCGAAAACAAGCCGGAAGGAUUGAAGAAAGUUCGAAAUCCGGAUCGAAUGUACAGAACAGCAGUGUGUUAUGCUGGCCAUGGUCCACCUAAGAGUAUCAGUGAUGACACAGAGAUGAACAAUGAACAUGGACAUUUGAAAAUAUACCUGCCCAAAAAGCUGCUUGAAUGUCUACCCAAAUGCUCCUCGCUGCCAAAGGAGAGACAUCGCUGGAACACUAAUGAGGAGAUCGCAGCCUACUUGAUAACGUUUGAGAAGCAUGAGGAGUGGCUAACAACGUCCCCUAAAACAAGGCCGCAGAAUGGGUCGAUGAUAUUGUACAACAGGAAGAAGGUGAAGUACAGAAAAGAUGGCUACUGCUGGAAGAAGAGGAAAGACGGCAAGACCACGAGGGAGGAUCACAUGAAGCUCAAAGUGCAGGGGGUGGAGUGUCUGUACGGCUGCUACGUCCACUCCUCCAUCAUCCCCACCUUCCACCGCAGGUGCUACUGGCUCCUCCAGAACCCGGACAUCGUGCUGGUCCACUACUUGAACGUCCCGGCCAUCGAAGACUGUGGGAAGCCAUGUGGUCCCAUCCUGUGCUCCAUCAACACCGACAAGAAGGAGUGGGCCAAGUGGACCAAGGAGGAGCUGAUUGGUCAGCUGAAGCCCAUGUUUCAUGGCAUCAAGUGGACUUGCAGCAACGGAAACAGCAGCUCUGGCUUCUCAGUGGAGCAGCUUGUGCAGCAGAUUCUGGACAGCCACCACACCAAGCCUCCUCCCCGGACUCACAACUGCCUGUGCACGGGCACCCUGGGUGCAGGAAGCAGCGUGCACCACAAGUGCAACAGCGCCAAACAUCGCAUCAUCUCACCCAAGGUGGACCUCCGUUCGGGGGGCUACGGCGGCGGCGGCCACUCGGAGGUCCAGAACAAUGACGUGUCCGAGGGCAAGACGGAGCACAACCACCACGCCGGGGGCAGGAGCUCGGGCGGGGGCGGCGGAGCGCGGGAGAAGCGCAACGGCAAGGUCCACAAGCCCGUCCUCCUGCACCAGAACAGCACCGAGGUGUCCUCCACCAACCAGGUGGAGGUGCCCGACACCACCCAGAACUCCCCCGUCUCCAUCAGCAGCGGCCUCAACAGCGACCCCGACAUGGCCGACAGCCCCGCCGUGCCGGGCAUGGGGGGCCACGUGGCGUCCGUCAUGUCCAGCCUGUCCCAGAGCGUCUUCAUGUCGGAGGUCACCGGCGACCCCGUCUACGGCAUGUCCCCUACCGCGGGCCCCAACACUCACCUGAUGGGGGCGGACGCCACCUCACAGGGAAUGGGUCUCUCCGUGGCCUCCGACGGCCACAAGUUCGCCUACCCCGCGGGGGGCGUGGGGGACGGCGGGGCGGGCCCGGGGGGGGACGGCCUGUCCAUGCUCUCGGGGGGCGGCCUUUCGGAGGAGCUGGUGCUCUCCAGCAGUCUGGACUCUGGGAGCAUCAAGAUCCCCGAGACCAACAUGAACUUUGACCCCGACUGCUUCCUGAACAACCCCAAGCAGGGCCAGACGUACGGCGGCAGCGCCAUGAAGACGGAGAGCAACAUCUCCCCCAGCCCGUGCUCCGGCGGCGGCGGCGGCGGCGCCAGCACCAACGGCGGCAUGCACCGCGCCUCGCCCUCCAUGGCCGACAACGGCUACAGCUUCAGCGCCGCCCUGGUGAAGAACAUCAAGACGGAGGACACCUCCUUCGAGCAGCAGCUGGCCUCGGAGGGCGGCUACCAGGUGGGGGUGGGCAUGAACUGCGGCGGCGUGGUGUCCGUGCAGGCCGGGCCCGGUGGUCCGGCCCCGGGGGGGAUGGGCCUCAGCCCGGCCGGCUCUCUCCUGCCCUCUGGAGGGGGGCUCAGCCCGAGCACCACCCUGGAGCAGAUGGAUUUCAGCGCCAUCGACGCCAAGCAGGAGUACAACACCGGCAACGGAGCGGUGGGCUACAGCCAGGCCAUGUCCAGCCCUCACAUGGCCCACCAGAACCGCUCCCCAAGCUUCUUCCUUCAGGACGCCUCGCAGGCCAGCCACGGCCAGCAGGGGCACGCGGGCAUGGGCCAGAAGAGCCACAUGAUGGAGCACAACGCGCACGACUCCGGGGGCUACAUGGGCCUGCAGGCGGUGAAGACGGACUCCCCUGGCAGUAAUGGCCUCAUCCACCACCACCAUCUCCAGGCCCAUCAGAACCAGCACAGGGGCAGCUGCAACGGGGGCUCGCCGGCAGAGGGUCCCGGACAGAACAGCUCCCUCCAACUGCUGCAGUACCAGGGGGGCUUCCCCGGGAUGGGGGCUGAGCACGAGGAGGUGGUGGGUCUGGAGCAGCCGGGGGGCGCGAGCACGGGCCAGGCCGGGAGCAACGGCAACGGGGUGGACGGCCUCCUGAAGAACGGAGACCACAUCCAGGCGUGCGGCGUGGGGAACGGAGACGGAGGAGGCGGGACGGAACACUAUCUCCAGCAGCAGCAGUCGUCGGACGGCGGGUCUCUGGCCGGGGGCGGCUCGGGGGAGGGCGUGGCCAUCCGCGGCGGGAACGGAGGCAACGACGGCGGCGGCGGCGGCGGCCUCCGCUCGCAGCAGCUGCAGCCCCUGCUGCAGGGGUCGGGCCUGGUGCAGGGGCUCUACAACAGCGUGGGGGCCCACCAGGGCCUGGGCGGAGGGGCCACUAACGGUGCCGGGGGCACGGGCAUGGAGAUCAGCCUGGACCACUUUGACAUCUCCUUCGGGAACCAGUUCUCUGACCUCAUCAACGACUUCAUCUCGGUGGACGGCAGCGGCGCCGCCAUGUCGUCGGGGGGGGCCCUGUACGCCCACCAGCUGGUGGCGUCCCACGGCUCGGAGGGCCAGAACCACGCCGGCCCAGCCCAGCAGCAGCAGGGCCAGGAGGACGGAGGGGCCAGGGGCUCCGGAUACAGCCCCUCGGAGCUCUGCCUCCAGUCCUGCUGCAGCCCCACGUCUGGGGGCGGGGGGGCGGGCGGGGAGGGGGGAUCCCUCUCCUACAUGCACGUGGCGGAGGUGGUGUCGGCGGCGGUGGCCCAGGGGGCUCUGGGGAUGCUGCAGGCCACCGGUCGCCUCUUCAUGGUCACCGACUACUCUCCUGAAUGGUCCUACCCAGAGGGAGGGGUGAAGGUGCUGAUUACUGGCCCUUGGCAAGAAGCUAGCUCAAACUACAGCUGCCUGUUUGACCAGAUCUCAGUCCCUGCGUCCCUCAUACAACCUGGGGUACUUCGCUGCUACUGCCCAGCUCACGACACGGGCCUGGUGACGCUGCAGGUGGCACUCACCAACCAGAUCCUGUCCAACUCGGUGGUGUUUGAGUACAAGGCCCGUGCCCUGCCCUCGCUGCCCUCCUCCCAGCACGACUGGCUCUCUCUUGAUGACAACCAGUUCAGAAUGUCCAUCCUGGAGCGCUUGGAGCAGAUGGAGAGGAGGAUGGCCGAGAUGGCCAGCCAGCAGCAGGGCAGCGGGGCCGGCGGGGCGGGGCCCGGGACAGGCGGGGCAGGAAGUGGUGUCGGCGGAGGCGGGGGCAGUGGAGGUGGAGGCAACAGCAGCCAGUCACAGCAGUGCGUGUCGGGCUCGGGCCAGGCCAGCAGCUCCUUCGAGAGCCGUGUGGUGGUGGUCUGCGAGAAGAUGAUGAGCAGGGCCUGCUGGGCCAAGUCCAAACACCUCAUCCACUCCAAGACGUUCCGCGGCAUGACGCUGCUGCACCUGGCCGCCGGCCAGGGCUACGCCACCCUCAUCCAGACGCUCAUCAAGUGGCGCACCAAGCACUCUGACAGCAUCGACUUGGAGCUGGAGGUGGACCCCCUCAACGUGGACCACUUCUCCUGCACGCCCUUAAUGUGGGCCUGUGCUCUGGGUCACCUGGAGGCGGCGGUGGUCCUGUACAAGUGGGACCGGCGAGCCCUGGCCAUCCCGGACUCCCUGGGCCGCCUGCCCCUGUCCAUCGCCCGCUCCCGCGGACACACCAAGCUGGCCGAGUGCCUGGAGCAGCUCCAGAGGGAGCAGCAGCCGCCGGCCCCCCUGCCCCCCACUACGCGCAUGUCCUUCUCCUCGGCCCCGGACGCCCCCCCCACCACCGACAGCUGGAUGGUCAGCUGGGCCAACGAGGGCUUGGUCACGUCGGGCGGCGCCAAAGGCGGCGGCGGCGCCACCACCACCACCACCAGCAACGCCAACCCCAAUCUAGACCUGCGGAGGCCGAGGUCCGAGCCCUCCAACUACUACAGCAGCGAGAGCCAGAGAGACCUCCCGCAGGCCAAGAAACACAAACCCAACCCGGAGCUGUUCCAGGUGCGGCCCGACAAGGCCAUGUCGGUGCCGCUGAGCCUGGAGCAGCAGCAGCUGCACAAGCUCUCCUCCAGCCCCAAGAGCCUGUCGUCGGAGGGCCUGUCCGGGGCAGGCGGCGCCGGGACGGCCCGGUGGAGCUCCGGCAGGGAGAGCGGCUUCUCCAACAGCGGCCCGGGCAGGAAGGGGUCGGGGGUCGGCGGGAGCGGUGGGCUGGGCAAGGAGAAGCUGGCCGGCCGGCUACGCCAGAGGGAGCAGCUGGGCAUGCUGGCCAUGGCCGAUCGGGAGAUGGUGGACACGGAGCUGCUGUCCUACAGGGAGGACCUGGAGAGCCAGGACUGCCUCACGCAGAUGGACAACCUCCAGGUGAACAUGAUGUCCCUGGCCGAGCACAUCAUCGAGGCCACCCCGGACCGCAUCAAGAGGGAGAACUUCAGCGCGGGGGACUCGGUUCCCCUGGACACCACGGGGGUCAGCAACACCAUGAGCUGGCUGGCAAACUACCUGGGAGACGUGGAGCAGCUACCCAGCAUCAUCCACCUACGGUCGCUGUACAACGAGCCCCUCGGCCCGUCCUCCAACCCGGGCCUGAGCCCGGGGGGGUCCCCGCCGCGGGAGGGCUCCCUGGAGCGUCCCGGCCUGCCCUCCCCGGCCGACUGGAGCGAGUUCAUCAACGCCUCCAACAGCAAGGUGGAGCGGGACCUGGCCCAGCUGACGCUGUCCGACCCGGAGCAGCGGGAGCUGUACGAGGCCGCCCGUCUGGUGCAGACGGCCUUCCGCAAGUACAAGGGCCGCCCGCUCCGAGAGCAACAGGAAGUUGCGGCUGCCGUCAUUCAGCGUUGUUACAAGAAGUACAAACAGCUAACAUGGAUAGCCUUGAAGUAUGCACUUUACAAGAAGAUGACGCAGGCCGCCAUCCUUAUCCAGAGUAAGUUCCGCAGCUACCACGAGCAAAAGAAGUUCCAGCAGAGCCGGCGGGCCGCAGUCCUCAUCCAGCAGUGCUACCGCAGCUACCGCGAGUCCGGCCGCCUGGGACCCCACCGGCACGGCCCCGCCGCCGCAGCCCUCGUGCAACACAAGCUGAGAAGCAGUCUGCUUACCAAAAGGCAGGACCAAGCUGCCAGGAAGAUCAUGAGGUUUCUGCGCCGCUGUCGCCACAGCCCCUUGAUGGACCAUAGACUGUUCAAGCGGGUGAGUGCAGCCUCAGCAACUCAAGUGAAAGAAUUGAAAAGGGCCAGGGAACAUGAGACCCCGCAGGAGAACGCCCUCGCCGUGUGACAUCCAUCUCCUGACUCCUUUUUUCCGUUCCUCUUCCCCUCUUUUUGUUUUUUUUUCCGUUUGUACCCGGGUAUUUUACAAAGGGAAUCGAAAACAACAACAACAACAAAAGUGUCAAUGCAGACUGCUGCGGCGACGACCGCAGUGUGAUCGGAUUCUAGUCCUCGUAACUGCUGCCCCAAUUCUUCUUUUCAACACAUUUCCUUUGGUUCCCACUGACUUGAUUUCAGUUGUUGGAUCGCGGCGACUCUAAUCGGACUACAAACUCAAGGCUGGGGGGAGGGGGAGGGAGAACAUUUGCUUCAUGGCAUUUCUGUUGCACUUUUUCAUGGAUUACGUGCUCUUUUCCGACGUAAAGGAAGAGCGUGUGCGUUAUGGUUUUUUUUUCCGGAUGUCGCAACGGGAAGAUGAACACUCUCUGCAGACGGCGGGACGAGAGACGAAUGUGUCAGAGGACAAGGGGCGUGGAGGACCAUUGAGGAAACACAGACAAAAAGAUAAACAAUAGGAGCUCUACUCUUGUAUUUUACAACUAUUUCGAAGUGAUGGAUCUUUUUCAGUUGUGGGUGUUGGAGUUUUAUUUCUUUCUUUUCUUAACCAAACACAUUGGUAACCAAUUGACCCAUUUGCACAAGUCAACUCUCAUCCACCGCCAUAGACGUGUGCUUUCAGUUCAACCCUUCAACAACUCAUCACGUCCCACUGCGCUCCGCCCCGCCCCAUCCGUCCAAGUGGGCGGAGCCUCAUAUGAAUGUAGGAGGGGCUUUCCCAUUCAGAAACCAAGUAGGGGAGGGCAUUGUGGUUAUUUUUCCGUUUCUUAGGAAACGUCAUGACAUCAUUGUUUACAUUAUUGCUUUAUUACUUGAAGUGGAUCUCCCGUGGCGUCCGAUGUACACUCUGCGUGUGAUCCUCGGAGGUUCUGUGUUGUUCGACCCCGUUCGAGGGAAACUGCAUGACUCUGCAAAGCAUUGUUGCCUGUGUGCUUGUGAUUCGGUCGUUCUGUUUUAAAGAGUACCAGUUCUGCGGUGGUCCGGCGCCCACCGCCUCCAACUCCUCCUCCUCCUCCCCCUCCCCCUCCUCUUCCUCUACGGGUCCCGCCAUUGUUCUGAGUUCCCUCGAUGUGGUCUCCUUCCUCCCUUCUCCCUCUUCAUCCUCUUUUCCGUUCGUUUUUCCUCGUCGUUUUUUAAUUUGUUUUUUUACGAGAACCCAAAAAGGAAGAUAUAUGAAAAUAAUCGACGUUGCCUCUGUUGUGUUGUAAACGUUAUUUGUCAUAAAGGUUGUUACUUGUUCUUUUAAAUGACCUUCAGGGCUCAGGAGGGCUCCUGAGGGGACGAUCACAUACAUUGCCUUGACGUCUUAGAGAUUCUUUGAGGUGUCCCUAAGCUACUCCCAAAAUAGGGGUGUGACAAAUCCAUAUUUUUGACAAUUGAGCGGUUUCUGUACAUAAAGAAGGCUGAAAGUACGUAGGGUAAAAAAAAGAAAAGUUAACAUUUACCCAAACGGGGGUUGUAUUUUAGAGAUAUAUUAUUUUAUUCAUUAAAAAGGGGUCAAAAAUAGGUAAUCGACAAAAACAAAAUAUUUGUAUAGUUUUGUUUGGAUGCCUAAAAGUAUGGUUGUAUUCUUUGUAUAUAGUGUAAAUACCUGGGAUAAAAAUGAGCUACAUGCAUGAAAAAUAUGAACAGAUCAAAAGAAAAAACAAGAAGAAACGCAGUAGUGGCUAUGCUCUGUAAAAUGAUUAAAACUAUUUCACUAUAAGAGUAUUUUAUUUUAUUUUGAUUGUUCUUAAGAAGAACAUUUUGCUAAAGCAUGACCUAAUGCAAUAUGAAAAAGUACAAAAAAACAACCAUAGUGUAUUUAGAGUUAGGAGAUACCUGCAAAAUUAUCUUACAACAAGUAUGGUUAUGUUUACAUUUUAUUUAAUUUAUUUUGGUUUGUUUUAGGCUACCAAGAAUCUUCUGCCAUUGGUGCCAAGUAACGUGAAUGCUAUAUUACCGAACAAGAGAACUAAGUUAAUAUAUAUUUUAUUUUUAUUUAGCAGAACCGAUUAUCAUAAUUUAGAUCCACACCAACGUGAAUGACCUAAAGCUCACAGCUGGCUGACAAACAAUAACUCAAUGGUACAAACAAUGCAGAAGGAGUCACAUUUUAACAACACACACCGACAAACGUUGAGUCUCCCAUGUCUUCUCCAUUAACACCAUCCUGAUCCCAAACGUUUUGCCAUCACUGAAUACGCUUUGAUUUUCACAGCAAAGACCGUACAUCUUUGACAUUGUAUUUGAUUCUAUUUUUGAAAGUCGAUUGAAAUGUGUCACUGAAACAGGUUGUUUGAUCACAUUAAACGGUACGUUGAUGGCAGCCUUCUACCUAGCAAGAGAGAAGGCUGCCGUAUAGGUUCCUUAAGUAUUACAAUCUGACAUUUGGGAAUAUCUGGGCCAUCGUGUAUUCAGUCGUUUAUUGCAGCAGAUAUUGGACUUCACAGACGCUACAGUAAUUAUGUCUCUGAGUCUUGGUAAAUUUAUCUUGAACAAGGCUGCCAUGAAUUGCGAUUAUUUUACUAAAUGUCAUGGAUAAGAUUGCUAUUCGUUUGUGAGCAAAGGGAAAAAACCUUGUAGCAAUGUUUUGUACUACUUUGCCAAACAGCUGAAUAGAUGUUCUCACAACUCAAAUGAAUGGUGCUAAACUGGUUCUGUCUGGAUCCCCACUCGCUGCAGAGACACUGCAGGGCUAAGGUUAGCAUGCUAGAGAGACAUCCAUCUCCGCUGUAGAUCUUGAACUCGUUGUGUUUUGACAAACCUGGUUGCUACCGUACAAAAGCAGCUUGCUAUAAGCCACCUGAAACAGUAUUAUCAAGUCAUGCCUGCAUGUGCUUGAAACAAACACACAUGCAAUCGGGGGGGCUGUGGGUUACUGCAAAUGUUCUCAUGUAUUUAUGCCAGAGGUCGAAAAAUAAGUGUUUUCUCUGUCUAAAAAAAGGGAUGAUUCUUUUGCCUCUGACGUGCCAUUGAAAAACUUCUUGCAUUUAUUGUUUCUGUCGACUGUGUUUUUUUCUCCAAAUGGGAUUGAUUUUUAUUGACUUUCCAGCUUUAUUUCUGUCAUCCACCCUUACUUGUGAGCGUUAUCUCCCGAGUGUUUAUGUAGAAAGUGCCUACUCAUAUCCCGCACAAAUCCAAAGUGCAUGCAAUGUACCUGAACUUCAAACUAUUGGGGAGAACAAAAAAAUACAGAAAGAAAACAGACAAAGGUCACGUUACUCCAGGCCUUACUGUCUGGAGUACGGGAAGCGAUCAACCCAUCACCACCAUCACGUAACACUAGCACAUACACACAACAUGUUCACCCAUCCACUUACGACGUGUCAAAAAGCUAAGCUUGUGUUACUUUCUUUUCCUUUCUGUUUCUGCCAUUUUCUCUCUUUUCUACUGAAACUGCUUGUUAAAACCACAAGACUUUAGAAACGCCUCUAAAUCCUCUAGUUGUGGUCGGAAUGCCUCGCUGACGCAGUGUUGUGGCGGGAGGAGAGGGUUUUAUUGCGCUUGCAUGGGUUAAAUAGUUAAACUACGGGUGACAGAAGUGCACCUAAAGCAUGCUUAUUUUCCUAGAAUCGGUAGUCGGAUAGACAUGUUAAAAGACUUAUUGUUCUGUAAGAGGAUCAGCGCUGGUUUGACGUGUCACAGAACUGAGUCGAGGGCAGAGGUCAGACGACCCUAAGGGCAAAGGUGAAAUCCCACAAAUUAAAGAUAAGGAGUAAUUUGAAGUUUUUGACCAAUGUUUCCAUGGCAAGGCAUGGCGGAGGACAUGAAUGUUUUUUUGGUUUCGGUUUUUAGAGCAAGCUUCAACUUUUUAGACUUUUUCUUUCAGUUGUUGAUUUUAUACAGAAGAUAUAAAUAUAUACAUUUGGAUCUAAUACGUGUGUUCCCAAACGACAAAAUACCACGGACGCCGUAAGAGACCAUUGUGAGACUGUAUAGGAGUACGGUACUGAACUUUACUAGUCACAGACACACGCACUAGACACCGCACAACACACAUGUAGACAUACGUAAACACACCCGUCUAGUCAGAAAGUGGACCGCGAGGGACUGGUUUACCUCACAACCUGUUUUCAGUUCAGUCGUUUUUUUGUUUUUGUAACUCAGGGUGCGGACAUGGAGAGGAGGAAACACUACUGGUCACAUGGUUUAGGGCAGAAGGUGGUGAAAUUCGACGUGGGCCGAAAGCGGUGCUUUCUGGUCCGAGGCAGUAAUGGUCUACGUUGAUGGGGAUAGGGAUUAGAGUGAAAUUAUAUUUAACAGUGUUGGACGACGGACACCAGUAUAAAAAAAGAGAAUAAAAGUAGUCGUAUUCUGACUGAUGUUUUUCAUAGAAUCCUCUAUAACCAUUUUAUCAUUGUCGUUUUUUCUGUUGUUGUCUUGGAAUAGAUUUAUACAGACAAAACGGAGAGGGUUAGUCAAGUUUCAAUGGAAAGCUCACCUGCAAAUCUUGUUUUUACUGCCAUUUUAUGAGAUGGGAUGACAGGUAAGCUGAUAGGCGCUCUUCACUCAUCUACUGUUGAUUUCACGACGUUCUGCGAAUCCCGCCUUUCCUCCUGUUCUCCUUUGAUCACCCAAAACCAGACAACGGUAGGCAUCAGGGCAAACCAACAGAAACUAUCUCACAACAUAUUCCACUCGUGGACACAGAGCAAUAAGAAUUAUUUUGUGGAGACCUAUAGACCUAGUGAAGUUUAAAACGAUUGGACACAUGUAGUCGACUUACUCUUAUGCAAAUGCCAGUAUUGCAAGACAAGUAUUCAAUAGUUUAUGGACAGCAAUUAUAUGGCGCCCUUUACCGAACUGCACGUUUUCAUCAAUUCCAAAACCAAGAAGAAAAAAAUACAGCCCUACUUUGGGUCCUCGACACUUUGCAUGUAAACUAGUGUUAGAUCUUUUUUCCUCUCCUCUAUAACUGUCUUACUCGUCUUUCCCAGCUUUGCAAACCUAUUUCUUUCCACCCUGAUAGUUUCACCCCUUCCUCCUCCUCCUCCUCCUCCUCCUCCUCCUCCUCCUCCUUCGUUCCUCUGAUGUUUUGCUUUCGUUUUCUUUCUUACCCUUUCUCGUUUGUAAGUUUUAUUUUUGUAAUUGUGCAUGUACAAGCGUCACUGACUCGAUGGAUAUGUAAAAAAAAAAAGAGAUUUCAGCUGCUGAAGCCAUGCAAAACG